AUACUAUUUGCGAGCUCAUUAUGCUCUGCAUUGACGCUGCCUCUGACCAGCCAUUAUGGGCUAGCUUUGUAGUGCUGGCAUGUACUUUCCGCUGUUAUUACUGCGCUCGAAUGCGCUCCACAACUGUCGCCUUUGCGACAAAGUUUGUCGUUCCCGUGUUUGGCUCUCUCAUCUGGACAAUAGUCCACGAGAUGUUUCCGUCGUGCGAUUACCGUCAUCUCCUGUUGCAAAUGACAUUGUACCGCCCAUUGCCAAAAACGACGAAGUCAAGGUUGAAGAAAAAGUUGACACCGAGAAAGGACAAAGAGGAAAAGAGAGAAAAGUUGGAGAGAAGAGGAACCCAAAGAGGAGAAGUUUCAGUCCUUGCGCCUGCUACCGUUACCGAUGAUACCACCACUGCCACGAAUACCUGUUAUGCCGCUGUGCUCACCACUUUUCCUUCCGCCUCACCAACCAUCGCCGCAACCGUAGUAAUUCUGAACAGUCAAGCUAAAUCCGGUAUUAGAAGCCAACACCACAAUCCCUGAAGAGAAAACUAUAGCAAGUUACAGAGCGUCGAGUCACUCGGUAAGCUGGAAUGACGGUGCGCGUUGAUAUCUAAAGAAAAGUGUGUGAUGCGAAGAGGCAGGGAUUUUUUAUUCGCCUGACUUGUCUCUUUUUAACACUUUCCUCCAAUCUCCUUUGCCCCCCGAUCUUGUUGCUAAAACCGUGUCUGUGCGCCUUGUGGCCUGACGGGUGCACGUAUCUUCCUAUUCAAAAACAGGCGGCGACACCGUCGGGGCACGCCCUGCAU